AUGCUGAACCCAAACGAAGAAGAAGAAAACACAGAAGAAAUCUCGAUGGCCACAACUUUGGAUUUAAAACCACCACCUCCGUUUGAUGCAGAGGGUGAUAAUUCCUCGCUAGCCCAACGCUGGAAAGAAUGGCGAGAACGUUUUAAUAUGUAUACAGUAGCUGCCAACAUCGAGGAUGAUGCACAGAAAUGCGCAGUGUUAUUGUAUGUAGCUGGCCCGUCAGUUCAUAAAAUAUUCAAAACACUACAAGACACCGGGACAGAUUUCAAAACAGCUCUAGAGAAGCUCGACGAAUAUUUUCAGCCACAAAAGAACGUAAUAUAUGAACGCUAUGUGUUUAAACAGACACAUCCAACGCCUGGAGAAUCGGUAGAUAGCUACAUAACUCGUCUACGUACACUAGCCGAAACGUGUGAAUUCGAAAGCGCCGAGAAUGAAAUACGUGAUCAGUUUGUUAUGACAUGCUCGUCUCAUGGAUUUCAUACGAAGCUUUUACGCGAGACAGAUCUGACAUUGGCUAAGCUUAUUACCAUGGCACGAGUGAAGGAAUUAGCAGAAAAACAAGCGUUGAAUAUCUCGGGACACAACUCUUGGAACAAUGUUAAUCGUGUAAAAGACGAGGGAAAUGACGAAGCUAAAGACAAGGUAAGACAUGCUAAAUAUGUACCAGAACCACACAAACAAAAUAAAUGCCGAAAUUGUGGAAAUGAAUUUAAACAAGGGCAUAAAGAGGUCUGUCCUGCGAAGGGCAAAACCUGUAGAGCUUGUGGAAAGCUCAAUCAUUUCGCUAGAGUUUGUCGAAGUCGAAAAAAUCCCCCGAAAGAUAGUAAGAAAGAUUCGAGAGAGUCUGUGAGAGUUGCACAACAACAAACCCAAAAACAAAGCCCUCCUAAUUCGUCCGACGAUGAGUAUACUUUCGCUGUUUCAUCAUCAAAAAUAACUAACAUUCAAAUACAGAUCAAUGGGACCCCUAUCGCUGUGGCUAUCGAUUCAGGAGCGACGACAAAUAUUCUUGAUAGUGAAGCAUUCGCUUGUAUUAGGAAAAGAAAUAAACAUGUACAAUUAGAGCCAACACAAACAAAUAUAUAUGCAUAUAAUGCCGUUCAGCCCUUGCCAUUGCUCGGAAAGUGUCAUUUAACGGUUGAAUCGAAUGGAAAGCGUACAAUAUCGACGUUUUAUGUUGUCAACGGCAAAGCGGGAUCACUUCUCGGUAAUGAAACAGCCGCAGAGUUAGGCAUUUUAAAAAUAAAAGUUAAAGAAGUCUCUAAAUUUCAUAGCAUGAAAACAACCGGAAGUCGAGGUAGGAAUGAAAUCAACACCGGAAGCCACUCAAACGGAAGUGACGCGAACAGUCAAAGUGACUCCGGAAAUCGAGAAAUAAGGGACAGAAAUAGCCUGAAAAACAUUGACAUUAAUACACAGAAAAUUUUAGAUAAAUUUCCAGAACUCUCUGACGGAAUAGGAUGUUUGCAAAAUUAUGAACAGUCAUUGCAUGUUGAUCGUACAGUUACCCCUAUUGCACAACGCCCUCGGAGAGUCCCUUUCCAUUUACGAAAGCAAGUUUCAGAUAAACUAGAAGAAUUACAAAGUCUCGAUAUUAUUGAACCUGCCGAAGGACCUACUUCAUGGGUAUCACCCAUAGUAGCUGCUCCCAAACCACACAAUUCAGAUGAAAUCAGAUUAUGCGGAGAUUACCGUAGACCAAAUCAGGCAUUGUUAAGGGAGAGACAUCCAAUCCCAACAGUUGAUGAGUUAAUGGAAGAAAUGUCUGGUGCUGUCGUCUUUUCUAAACUAGACCUCAAAGCAGGAUACCAUCAGAUAGUCCUAGAAGAGAACUCGCGUAACAUUACCACUUUUUGCACACACAAGGGGUUGUUUCGGUAUAAACGCCUGCCAUUUGGUCUGUCAUGUGCUUCAGAAGUAUUCCAAAAUGCAAUACAGCAAGCGCUCCAAGGUUUAAACGGGGUACGAAAUAUCGCGGACGAUAUUAUUGUAUGGGAUAAAACCCAAGCCCAGCAUGACAAGAAUUUGGAAGCACUCUUACAGCGAUUAGUUAUCAAUAAACUUACAUUAAACCUGGAGAAAUCCAGGUUUAAUCAACCGUCACUUUGGUUCUAUGGCUACAUUCUGUCAAAGGACGGGCUGUCAGCAGAUCCAAAGAAAGUCGAGGCAAUUAAAAAUUUCAAAACACCAGCAGAUGCCAGUCAACUACGCGGUUUCUUGGGUCUGGCCAAUUACUGUUCACGAUUUAUUAAGGACUUUUCCACUCUAACAGCCCCUCUACGUGAAUUAACAACCAAAUCGUGCAAAUCCAUGGUCUUGGUAUGCUAGUAUACUUGGAACGUAUGCUAGUCGUUCCAUAACGCCUGUGGAAACUCGCUACUCGCAGACCGAAAAAGAAGCAUUCGCUGCAGUGUGGGGUUGUGAACGUUUUCAUCUUUAUCUUGUUGGAACACAAUUUGACCUCAUCACUGACCACAAACCAUUGGAAAAAAUUUACAGCCCAAAGUCCAAACUGUCGCUUCGGUUAGAACGUUGGUUACUACGAUUGCAAUAAUACAAGUUUAAUAUCAAGUAUCGACCAGGUAGCAGCAACCCAGCUGACGUGUUGUCUCGACAACCUUUAUUCACCAACUACAAGUCAAGUACCAUAGCGGAGAAAUAUGUCAAUUUCAUCCAGAGUCACUCGGUUCCUAAAUCUCUCACGCUCGAUGAGAUUCGUACCGCAACUUUAAAUGAUCCUGAGCUGCAGAGUGUAACUAGCGCAGUAAAAGAAGAGCGAUGGAACAAAACAGAUAGUCGUUUAAGCCAAUAUCGUAAUCAGCACGAACAGUUGACAGUUUCGGAAUGUGGAGUUAUACUACGAAAUUCACAGAUCGUCAUCCCAAAGAGUCUCCGUAGUCGUGUCCUUUCUAUUGCUCAUGAAGGACAUCAAGGGAUAGUUAAAACUAAAAUGCUUGUGCGCAGUAAAGUAUGGUGGCCUGGUGUUGACAAGCAAGUGGAGCAAACGGUUAAAGAAUGUAUACCCUGCCAAGCAGCAGUACACCAGUCACCAAAAUGUCAACCACCCCUGAAUAUGACAAAGUUACCUCCACAUCCUUGGCACACAUUUAAUGCAGAUUUCUGUGGUCCAUUCCAAAAUGGCGAGAAAUUGUUGGUCGUGAUUGACGCCUAUUCCAGAUAUCCGGAAGUUGAAGUUAUGCAAAGCACGACAACCACGGUUGUGAUCUCCAAACUCCAAAGAAUCUUUGCUCGACAUGGAUAUCCCGAAGAAUUGAUAACCGAUAAUGGACCCCCGUUCAAUGCGGUAGAGUUCACCGAAUAUCUAUCUGCACGUGGAGUUCAUCACCGCCGAAUCACACCUUAUUGGCCUCAAGCCAACUGUGAGGCAGAGCGAUUCAUGAAAACAGUAACAAAAGCAAUCCGUACUGCUCAUUCGGAAGGAAAAAGAUGGCAAAGUGAAUUAGACCUUUUUCUUCUCAACUACAGAUCCACACCUCAUUCUACGACCCACACUAGUCCAGCUGAACUUUUGUUCAAUCGCUCAAUUAGAAAUAAGCUUCCUAGUUUCUCGUCCCUACAACACGGUGAUGGCCCUGAGGAACACCGCGUUGUUCGAGAUAAGGAGGAAAAUGAGAAAAUGAAAGUCCAUGCUGAUAGAAACAACAACGCGAAAGAAAGUCAGUUGAAAGUUGGUGAUUACGUGCUAAUGCAAGUCCCAAAGGACAAUAAGUUAUCAAUGUCUUUCAAUCCAAAACCAUUUCAAGUGAUUGAAAUCAAAGGCAACAUGGUAACAGCUCGUAAUACAGAGCGCAUCCGGAAUGUAUCGUUUUUCAAAUGUCUCACAAAUUACAAGAACGCAAGUGAGGAAGACCAGAAUGAUGAAGAAGAAGAAUUUGACGACGACAGCAACCAGCAAUAG